AUGUUCAACCUGCUCCGAGCUGCUUGGGAUACGCUCUGCGUAACCUCGCAGCAGGGCCGGCGUUUUUUCGCGCAGUCCACGCCGGCGAUCGAGUGCCGUGAGGACGUGCUUCUGUCGCCGCCGGCGCCGCGGGUGUUGCAGUUCUCGCCGCCCACCGACAACCAGCUGAAGCGCUCCGGAAGGAAGCUCAGGGGCUCAGGCAGCAGCUCGGGCGCGCCUUCGCGCCAGCAGCGCACUGUCGCGCCGUCGCAAGAGCAGCACCGCCGCAGAUCGCGGCGUCCGACGCGUCAGGAGCUCAUCGCGGGACAGCACCCACCGGCGCCUCUCCCGGCCAUCACAAAGCGCAGGCCCGCGAUGAAGCGCUCGUCGCAGCAGCAGCCCAAGCGGCCGCCUUCGCGCCGAUCCCCGCAGCCGUCGGACAGGCCGGUGCCCCUGCGCCGGCGGGCGAGCCGCGUGACCGCAGGCGGCGAGGGAGGACCGGCGCAGCCUUCUCCCGAGCCGGCCUCACUGCCGCCGGUGGACAGCGGUGCGUGCCUCGACGACGGAAGCUCUAUCGUCGCCGAGCCCGUCGCGCUGCCGGCGUCGUCCUCCCCGCCGCCGCCGCCGCCGCCGCCGCCGCCGCCGCCCCCGCCCCCGCGCCCGCCACCGGCCAGGGUGAUGGCGGCACUGGCGUCCCGCGGCCGCCGCCGCAACCUCCCCAUCGCCAAGCGCCGUGGCGCCGUCAGUCACGCCCGCGCGAGGCUCUCGCGCGGCUACCUCGCCACGACCGCCGCGGCGGCGAGGAUCCUCGAGGCGGCACCUGCCCUCGACGAGGGCCCGACCCGCACGGCGGCCCAUGGCGCUGCUUGCACUGGCCAGCCCGCGGCGGGUUCGACCGAGGAGGUUCUGAUCGAGGAGGGAGCGGCGGAGGAGGAGGCGUCGCCGCAGUGGCUCGACGCCGAGCCGUGGCCUGCCAAGGCCUCGUCGCUGCGUUUCGGGUCGCUGCGGUUGGAGUCCCUGCCUCCGCUUCCGCCGGCGGUGGUGCGCGCCCUCGCAUCGCGCGGGAGCAACUCGCGCAAGCGGCCGGCAGCGACGCAGCUCCGCCCGCCCGCCCGCAGCCACUCCUCGCGCGGCCGCCUGGCGGCGCUCGGCGUAGCCGCGUCCUCUCGGGCGAUGGCCAGCGCCGUCCUUCCCUCGGUUGCCGGAGCUGCUCCCGAUGUCGCGGCUGCAGAGGCUGGCGAGGACUUUGGCUCGGGCGCGGAGGCGGCAGAGGCGGACGAGGCGUUGGAGGCGCAGGCGGCCGCGGGGGAGGAGCGGCCGUCGGAGGCGGUGGAGCAGGCGGUGGAGCAGGCGGUGGAGGCAGAGGAGCAGGCGGCGGCGGAGGCGGAGACAGAGCAGGCGGAGGCGGCGGCGGCGGCGGCGGCGGCGGAGGCGGAGGCGGAGGCGGAGGCGGAGGCGGAGGCCGAGGCCGAGGCCGAGGCGGAGGCGGCCAAUGCGGCAGCAAUCGCCGCAUCGGCGGUGGAAGAGGCUGCUGUCGCAGCGAUGGCGGUAGAGGCGUCGUCAGUCGCCGUGGCAUGGUGCGCGCAGGAGGAUGUCGGCGGCGCACCGCAGCCGGCAGCGCGGCGCCUCGUGCGCAAGCGCAACGUGAGCUGGGCGAAGAGCGACUCGCUGUGCAGCAUCCGCUUCUACGUGCCCGAGGAGGAGGGAGGCCGCCCGCUCGACUCUUCGCCCGCCCCGACGCCGCCCGAGAGCCCGACCAAGCGCGCCAAGCGGCACGCGAACGGCUGCUUGAUCAACUCGCCCCCGAUGCGCAGCCGCAGGGAGUCGCAGCCCGGCCUCCUGCUCGCCAAGCGGACUGCGCGGCACCUACAGUGGGCGCAGCUGCAGCGGAACGCCCCUGCCAAGCGAGGCGGCCCAUCGAACUCACCGCCGCACCGGCCGACGAGCCGUGGCCAAAUCGCCGCGCAACUAGCGGCGGCGGCGAGCGCGCCGGAUGUGGACCCUUCCUAG